CUUCGAUCGUGCCAGUAAUAAUCAAACAUGGAAGACAAUCAUCAACGCGUCAGUAACGACGCUAACCGCGACAACAAUGAUAGCCCAAGCAGCCAGGCUAAGAAUGGCAACCAAAGUGUCGCCAAAAUCGAUCCGCUUACCAUUCCGGAGAUCUUAAUGGAAAUCAUGACAUUCUUGGACAGGCCUUCGCUUUAUGAAUGUGCGGAGGUCUCACGUUUCUGGAGGCUCCAUGCCAUAUCUAUAAUCAAACAUACCUACAAAGCCCGUAUUGAGGACCUUUGUACUCCUACACCUCAAUUUCGAGAUGUCGAUAGUUGCAAUAACAUCGACGACGACAUCGAAGAGGAUAAAGGAAAUCACACCAACUCUGAAAAGCUACAAGAGUUUUCCCACAUCUGUCCCAACGUAGAAAUUCUCGAGAUAAAUAUGAGCUGUAAUCCCCUGCUCGACCUUGAUAUGUGGAAAAGACACGAGAACCAGUUCAUCUUUAACCGUUUAGUCCGCCUCAACUUUUGUCUCUGUCUUGACCACCUACACGACGGAUUUUUCAGUCUUUUGCCCUCGAUUGUGUCCAAGGCUCGAUGGCUCCGUGAAUUGGAAAUAAUAGCAGAAUUUUCUUGCAAUGCUUAUGACAUGGACGACAAUAUUAUGUCAACACUGAAGUCUACAAUGGCCAGUGCAAGGUCUUGUUCUGGAACGGAAUUACUUGGAGGGAUGCGAAGGCCCUUGAAGCGAUUUUUCACUUUUACGGAUAAAUUUCGUCACGACAUAUAUCUUCCAAUGAUUUUUUGGGCGCUUUUAGAGACUACCGAGGAUUCAUUGUCGGAUUCACUGUCGGAUUCAGGCAGCAAUCCCAUGGAUAGCAAUGAUAACACCUAUAAUAUUGCCAACAUAAAUAACCACGGCGCUCUGGAGGAAUUGAAAAUUAUCAGCACAAGAGUGCCUGAACCUUGCCGCUAUCCAAAGCUGGAUUUUAAUCUUAGAUACCACGGUCUUAGGAACACUAAAUGUACUACAGUUGCAUUGCGGUCACUCGUCAUCAUCAAUUUUGAGAACCGUAACCUGUACAAUCCCUAUACAAACAACUUCUACACCGUGAAUUUUCCUCCUCCUGAUAACGCAGCGCCAGAAUCCAACUGCUCAAUUCUCAGCAUUCUAGGUCGAUGUCCUUUACUAGAAAAUCUAUGCAUAUCAUUCGAUCUUAGUCUUCUCAACAACAGAAGGCAUAAGGCGUAUGAUAUCCAAACGACUCUUCAUGACCUUUUUUGUUUAAGUCACACUGAGAAUUGGGUUUAUACCUAUGACAAUUUUGUCGCAAAGAUGCACGAGUACUGUCCUAGACUAAGAUCGAUUGAUUUCGCACUCAAAUACGAUCUGACAUCUGAACACUGGAUCGAAAUGAUGGAUCGAUAUGGACCUCAGCUGGAGUCACUUAAUAUCUUUGGUGUCCGCAAAUUCACAGUUAUGUCGCUCUUGACCUUGAUUGGCCCUCCUAUCAAUCAUCCUAUCCGAACGUUGUCAACCGAAAACAUGCACCGUCUGACAUCGCUGAAUGUCAAUGGUAAUAGCGAGCUGGAAAAGGGUGCCUUCAUGAUCUUCAAGCAUUUGAGGGCACUCAAGGCUCUGCAUGCUCGAGAAAUCUCCUUAGAUGCAUCCUUCCUAAUUGGGUUUGACUGGGUAUUCAAGGAUAUAGAGACGCUUGAGAUUCGUGUGGGUAUUCCGGAACGACACAAGGAGCCUGACCACCCUUGUCAAAACUACACUUGGGAUGAUGAUGAAGGCCACUGGUAUCAAUGUGAGGAUAGGUCGCAUAGCUUUGUCGCAAAUUUUCAAGAGAGAUAUGUACCAAGGUGGCGGUCUUGCAGCGGCAUUUAUGUGGAUGAUUUUAUGAGGAGCCGUGUUCACGAGAAAGAAGAAGAAGAAAGUAACAAAGGAUCCAAUGACGACUUCGGCUUGAGCAAGCUGGGCCUAGAAGACUACCAAAGACAUGUUCAGAUCAAAAUUUGUGAGCAACUCGGCCGCUUAACUAAGCUCAAGUGGUUGGCAUUAGAAGGGUCAGUAAAUAAGCGCUUCGGCUGUUUGGAACUGACAUUGGAGACUGGUUUGGAUCGGUUGAAGCCUCUGCGACAGAACUUGGAAAGGCUCUAUUUGUACCAACUUGACGAGAAGCUUUGCUUACGUAGAAAGGAGGUUGAGUGGAUUGCACAGAAUUGGAUCCAUUACAACAACAAAAGGUGGCUACGGGAACAUGCUCCUGAAUUACUUGCACUAGAAGAUAGGUCUCCACCAUACAACGAGGGACGGGAUUAUUUCUUUCCAUCUCCAAAAUUGCAGUUACUUGCGGGUAUCACGAUAAAAUGUCCUAAUGAUCCGUCCGGGGUUUCUAGGCUCUCGAAUUUGGAUUGGUUGUGUGCUGAAUGCCCAGGACUCGAGAUCAUUACAGAUACAGAAGACACAGACAGUUGAGGGAAGUUAUUGGAAAAAUAAAGUUAUAAAAUGAUCUAUGUGGA